UUUGGUCAAGAUGGCGGCGCGCAUAACGAGGCUGAGGCCGUGGGCUCAACUCCGCAGGUGCGGCCUCGCCGGCAGCAGGCGCUACAGCAGCGCGUUACCCGGGGUGCCGCUCUCCACGCCGCUGCCCCACCUGCCCAUUCCCACCUACGCCACCGUGGACGGGCACGACAAACACGAGACCGCACUCACGGUGCUGGAGAACGGCUUGCGGGUCGCCUCGCAGGACAAGUUCGGCCAAUUCUGCACCGUAGGCGUUUUAGUGAAUGCUGGAUCAAGGCACGAGGGUAGCUUUCCCAGUGGAAUUUCGCACUUUUUGGAAAAGCUGGCAUUUUCGUCUACGGCACAGUUUGGCUCCAAAGAUGAAUUCUCCGCCCUUGAAAAGCACGGUGGGAUCUGCGACCUGCCAAUCUUCAGGGACACCACAAUGUUUGCUGUGUCUGCGGAGGUGAAGGGCCUGGAAACAGUAAUCAAUCUGCUGGCUGAUGUGGUGCUGCAGCCCAGACUCACAGAUGAGGAGCUGGAGAUGACCCGAAUGGCUAUCCGCUUUGAGCUGGAGGACUUGCAAAUGCGACCGGACCCUGAACCCCUUCUAACUGAAAUGAUUCAUGCGGCAGCGUACCGGGACAACACCGUGGGGCUGCCCCGGUUCUGCCCACCGGACGUAGAGAAAGUUGAUCAAAAGCUGAUUCACACGUUUUUGCGGAAUUACUACCCUGAUCGAAUGGUGCUGGCUGGGGUUGGGGUGGAUCAUGACCGGUGGGAGUGUGCAAGGAAGUAUCUCAUGGGAGUAACCCCAGUCUGGGGGUUGGGAAAGCCCACGGAUGUGGACCAGUCUGUGUCCCAGUACACCGGGGGAAUCAUAAAGGUGGAAAAGGACAUGACUGAUGUCAGCCUGGGUCCCACUCCAAUCCCUGAACUCACUCACAUCAUGAUUGGCUUAGAAAGUUGUUCCUUCCUGGAGGAGGAUUUCAUUCCCUUUGCCGUGCUGAAUAUGAUGAUGGGUGGCGGGGGCUCGUUUUCAGCCGGGGGACCUGGGAAGGGCAUGUUCACCAGACUCUACCUCAAUGUCUUAAACAGACACCACUGGAUGUAUAACGCCACUGCCUAUCACCACAGCUAUGAGGAUACUGGGCUCUUGUGUAUCCAUGCCAGUGCCGAUCCUAGACAGGUCAGGGAGAUGGUGGAAAUUAUCACUCGAGAAUUUAUCCUGAUGGCUGGCUCGGUGGGAGAGAUGGAGCUGGAAAGAGCCAAGACCCAGUUGCAGUCAAUGCUGAUGAUGAACCUGGAGUCUCGGCCAGUUAUUUUUGAGGAUGUAGGAAGGCAGGUGUUGGCAACAGGAACUCGCAAGCUCCCCCUCGAGCUCUGCAGACUCAUUGGGGAAGUGACAGCAGAUGAUAUCAGAAGAGUCACAGCCAAGAUGCUGCGCAGUAAGCCAGCUGUGACAGCGCUGGGCGACCUCAGUGAUCUGCCAACGUAUGAACACAUCCAACAAGCACUGACCAGCAAAGACGGCCGCCUGCCCCGCAUUUACAGACUGUUUCGGUGAGCAGCUCCCAAUUUCUGACUGAACAGAGAAGCUAUUUGUAUACUCCAGGUUUCUGGUAGUAGUUUAUCUGUGAGCUGCUUCUGUUGAGUGAGGAGUGACUGUAUGUAAAUAGAGGGGAAAUGGGCUUUGUUAUGUGAUCUGAUUGAUUUUAUAUUAAGGGAGCUGAAAAUCUGUUUUAAAAUAACAGCUGUGAUUACUUUGUUCUGUGAUGCUGCUAUAGUUUGUCUACUCCUGGACUGUGGUCAUUCUAUCACUGCACAACGGAUGUCACGUCCUGCAAUAUCAGUCUUUGAUCUUUGACGCAAGGCGCAUUUGGCUUCAUCUAUAUUCCCUUCCCGGGUUUCUGCUCCAAGUUGGGAAAAAGUACAUAGAAAGCUGGAAAACCACUUGCCCAUGCCUCCCACUGCAUGCUCUGCCCUUUCUCCCAUACUCCAUAAUCCUCACUCCACCUCUGGCCACUUGCUACGUACAAGUGUUUCUCCCCCGUAUCAGCCACCUCUGGUUGAUCUAUUCCUUUCAGUACUAGAGGCAAGACAAUGGGAUCUGGGGCUUGCCCAUGUUGCUGGUUGGAGAACUUGAUCCUUGUUCCUCACAUGGGCAAGGUCUAGGCAACUGAUGGAAACAAGAAUCAAUGACAGGUGCUGCGACAGAACCACUUUGUGUUUUUGAUGUGGUAAGAUCAACGGUUGCUCAAUCCUCCUGGAACCAGCAACCGAGCUGAGUAUUCUUAAAACACUUUCAUAGACAAGUCAGCAAAAUUAGGUCAAUGUAGUUAAACUACAAAUUUAAGUGUUACAGAAUUCAAGUGGGUUUGUGAGAGGAUUGAGAUUGCCACUCAGUGGUUCUCUGAUGCUAUCCGAUGGGAGGAUUCAAGCUCAUCUCCUUCAGUGGUGGAGGACAGGCUGCAUUGAGUGGCCUCCAUUUUGUGUGUCUCCUCUACUCUGUCCCGGCUGGUGUCUUGCUGCUGGGUGACCACUGAGCACGGUCUAGCCCUAAGGAUGCUUUAAACGGCUGUUCAUUUUUACAAACACACCCAGUGAAGCUCAAAGGUAGACAAAAGUGCUGGAGAAACUCAGCGGGUGCAGCAGCAUCUAAAGAUGCUGCUGCACCCGCUGAGUUUCACCAGCACUUUUGUCUACCUUCGAUUUUCCAGCAUCUGCAGUUCCUUCUUAAACCCAGUGUAGCUCAUUCUUGUCCUGUGUAAGUCUGUAGAGUCCCAGUUCUCCUCUGCUAUUAACUCAAGAAAGAAUUUGGCCGCACACUAAUGACGUUUGAAUUACAACUCUUGGAACCACUGGUUAAUAGAACCAAGAGGUGUCCAAGCAGUGUAUCCUCCAGUAAAAAAACUGUGCUCAGUGACCACUCGAACAAGAAGCUGGCAGAGUGAUGCUCAGAACACACAUGUAAUGAUAUUGUUAAUAAUCCUCCUAAAUAAAUUUUAAAAAAUGGGCUAAAAUA